CGCACGCACGAACGAACGAACACCACAGCAGCAGCACUCAAAAGUUAGGCUAGCUGGGACAUUGAUUUGAGCUACUUGUGUUAUUAUCAUGAGGUGGACGUUCUGUUUAGCUUUUUAGCAUAUUUUAUUAUUGCUUGCUUAUGCUAAUAAGAACGAUCUAAAUGAUCCACAAUAGGAAUGGGCUUGUUGUAAAAUGGGUCUCAUUUUAGUCUAUCAUUCUCUCUGACGCACAGUUAGCGUGCUGGCUAACCUGCGAAGUAGCUAACAUUCCUUAUUGGCUUAGUGUAGCGCAAGCUACUAAGCACUAAGCUGGGAGAAAUUUAACGAUACAUAUAAGUUAGAGCUAAUAUACAUACAUAGCUACUUAACAGGGGCAGAAUACGUUAACUGGUUAUGUUCAGAGUCACAGCUGCGAUGGGGUCGGAAUUGCUAGGAAGAUAUAUCGAGACAUACACCUUAACCUAACUAUUUUUAAGUGGCCGGCUAGCUAGCUAAGUUAGCUAACAGCGACCAUCAUCAGUAUUAGGUCGGGUGAGCGCACUCCCGUCAUGGAGGACGAGUCCCCCACGCUGAAGCCCCGGCGCAUUCAGAACCAGAACGUGGUCCACCGGCUGGAGCGCCGGCGCAUCUGCUCGGGCCGCGCCGGGGCGCACUGGUACCGCGUGCGCUGCUUCCACCAGAACCUCUUCCCCAAUUUCACCGUGGUCAACGUGGAGAAGCCGCCCUGCUUCCUGCGCAAGUUCUCCCCGGACGGACGCUGCUUCAUCGCCUUCUCCUCCGACCAGACCUCGCUGGAGAUCUACGAGUAUCAGGGCUGCCAGGCGGCGGAGGACCUGCUGCUGGGACAGACGGGGGAGACCUUGGCCAACGGGAACGACCAGCGCUCCCUGAACAUACGGGGUCGCCUCUUCGAGCGCUUCUUCUCUCUGCUACAUGUCACCAAUGUGGCCUCCAAUGGGGAGCACUUAAACAGGGAAUGUAGCCUCUUCACAGACGACUGUCGCUACGUCAUUGUGGGCUCAGCAGCCUACCUGCCUGAGGAACCCCACCCGCACUUUUUUGAGGUGUACCGAAACAACGAGUCCGUCACCCCCAACCCCCGCUCCCCGCUGGAAGACUACUCCCUGCACAUCAUCGACCUGCGCACCGGCCGUCUCUGCGACACCCGGGCCUUCAAGUGCGAUAAGAUCAUUCUCUCUCACAACCAGGGGCUCUACCUCUAUCGCAACAUCCUGGCCGUCCUGUCUGUUCAGCAGCAGACUAUUCAUGUUUUUCAGGUGACUCCGGAGGGAACCUUCCUGGAUGUGCGGACAAUCGGCCGCUUCUGCUACGAAGACGACCUUCUGAAGCUUUCGGCCGUGUACCCGGAGGCCCAGGCGGAGGGCCAGACUGGGCUCUCACGUCUCUACAAGGAGAAGACCAUCAACUCUCUGAAGCACCGGCUGCUGGUGUACCUGUGGCGCCGGGCCGAGCAGGACGGCAGCGCCACGGCCAAACGCCGCUUCUUCCAGUUCUUCGAUCAGCUGCGUCAGCUGCGCAUGUGGAAGAUGCAGCUCCUGGACGAAAACCACCUCUUCAUCAAGUACACCAGCGAAGACGUGGUCACCCUGCGGGUCACCGACCCUUCUCAGCCGUCCUUCUUUGUGGUCUACAACAUGGUGUCCACCGAGGUCAUGGCCGUUUUCGAGAACACCGCCGACAAGCUUCUGGAGCUGUUUGAGAAUUUCUGCGACCUCUUCCGCAACGCCACGCUCCACAGCGAGGCCGUGCAGUUUCCCUGCUCCGCCUCCAGCAACAACUUCGCCCGGCAGGUCCAGCGGAGGUUUAAGGACACGAUCGUGAACGCGAAGUACGGGGGUCACACGGAGGCGGUGAGGAGGCUUCUGGGCCAGCUGCCCAUCAGCGCACAGUCCUACAGCAGCAGCCCCUACCUGGACCUGUCGCUCUUCAGCUACGACGAUAAGUGGGUGUCCGUGAUGGAGCGGCCAAAGACGUGCGGGGAUCAUCCCAUCAGGUUUUAUGCUCGGGACUCAGGAUUACUAAAGUUCAAAAUCCAAGCAGGCCUGCUGGGCCGUCCCAUUAACCACGCCGUGCGGAGACUGGUGGCGUUCACCUUCCACCCCUUUGAGCCCUUCGCCAUAUCAGUGCAGCGGACCAAUGCUGAGUACGUGGUCAACUUCCACAUGCGCCACGUGUGUGUGUGAGGAGCAGAGGGACCCACGCCCGGGCACUGCCCUCUAAGACUCCAGCCACGAUGGCACACACUGCAGAUACCAAACACCAUUCCCAAAUGUAAAGUGCUGGAAUUGUGCUCUGACCUAAAUCUGUUCCAUUGCAUUCACCCUGGCAGUGGUGUGAAACGAAAGCCAAAGCCGGCUGCAGUUGACCCUUACUGGAGCUUUGUUACCGACACUUUCACACCUCAUAUCUGAAUUUAGCUUUUAUUUUAUUUUGGUUUAAUAUUGUUCUGUGCUAUUAAACAUCUGAUUUUUAAAUAUA